UCAUCUGAAACCAGAGCGUCAGGCGAUCCCGCUCCCAGGCCAAGGGCUGAUCUCCAUGGAACGUUCCUAAUAUUCACAUUGCAAUUGCGGGAUUCGUCAAAUCUAUCAGAACACGCACAUGCACGCGUAUAGACCGGGGUAUUUGCUCCCGAAAGACGUCCCCUUCUCCGAGGCCCCUCGCUCUCUCCUCACCAUCCCAACUUUUAACUCGCACCAUGCGUCUAUCUCGUCUCUUCCUGCUCGCCGGUGCCCUGGGCGCGUUCGCAGCCGACGCCAAUCUCGAGGUGUCCUUCCGCCCACAAGACCUCCCAAAGAAGGUGGCACACUGCAAGGCCCUCAACCGCGCCACGCACAGGCUGAAGGACAUCGACAUCCACUAUGUGGACGUCAACCCCGAGGCGGGACGCACGCUGCUCAUGGUGCAUGGGUGGCCCAGUCUUUGGCAUAGCUGGAAGUAUCAGGUCGAGGAGUUCAAGAACGACUCGCGCCUCAUCAUCCCCGACCUACGCGGCUUCGGCGAGUCGACUCAUCCCGACGACGUCAAGUCCUCCGGCACCUGGUACGACAUCGUCAAAGACCUUCUCUGCGUCCUAGAAGACGCGGGCGUCGACAAUGCCAUCUGCGUUGGCCACGAUUGGGGCACCCAGCUUUGUUAUCAAGCCGCGCGCCAGCGCCCCGACAUCGUCAGCGCGGUGCUUGGCGCUGCCAUCCCAUACAUCCCGUUCUCGGGCGACUUCCAGCCGACGAGCGCGCUCGUGCCGCACUUUCCGCGGCUCGCGUACCAGGUGUUCCUCGGCGAGACGCCCGAGCUGGCCGCCGCGGAGCUGGACACGGACGUCCGCCGCACGCUGCGCGGGACGCUGCGGACAGUGGCGAGCCCGACGCCGGAGACGUUCUUGACGAGCGAGAGGUCGUUUAUGGGCGCGUGGGCGGACGUGGCCGAGAUUCCGCCCAUCCCGUUCUUCACGAGCGAGGAGGAGGAUUACUGGGUUGAGCAGUACGGCAUCCAAGGAUUUGACAACACUUUGUAUUUCUACACUCCUGCUAACCAAAAACGAUCGUGGGAGUUCAUUCACGCCCAGCUCAACUUUACGAUUCCACAGCCGGUGCUGUCCAUCCUGCCGAACAAGGCGAGUGACCCCGUCGCAGACUGGGAAGGCACUGCGAAGCUCAUGCACAGCGCAGACUACAUCCCGAACCUCACCACGCAUAUCAUUGAGGGCGCACACUGGCUGCAGCUCGAGAACCCGACGGUUUUCAACCGCAUCGCACGACAGUGGCUCGAUGGCCUGUCGCUGAAGGAGACGGUCACCGAGGAGGCAGAGAAGACGGAGGAGAGCCGCAAACGGCCUGCGGACGAGCUGUGAGUAGUGCGACGGGUGCUGGAUACCUUGUGCGGGCCUCUAGGAUACGACAUGCGAGGCGAGCUCAGCAGUCGGUCGCAUCUCGCGUGGCAGUUGAGGUCUGCGUCGUGGAUAUGCAUUGAUCAACGUCUCUCCUGGGAUAUCUUUGAUGUGUAAAUACAUAAUGAAGCUUUCGUUACCCAACUCGGCAGUUAGCGU